GAAUGAUUCGAAAUAUCAAGUUAGAUACAAGUAUUCAAAACCUUUUUACAACAACAAAAUGAAUUACACGUUCGCAAUUUUUUUUUACAAGUAUUCUAAUAUUUUUUACAACUGCAAAACUAAUUACAAGUUUGCAAAUCUUUUUCGCAUGUUUGCAAAUCAUUUUUACGGUUACAAAACUUAUGUCGCUGUUUUACCUUCAUAGGCGGCCCACGAGACGUUCAAAUCCCAGGAUUGGGAAAGAUCUAUAAAUGGCAUUGUGAGAAAAGCUUGUGAGCAGACUGGUUGCAGACGUAAACAUCCAGACAAAUCGCAUAAUUUCCAUACGUACCAACACUCCACAUACACACUGGAGGAAAGCAGUUGUUGGAAGGCAAAGCUGUCUGAUAUCUGCUCCAAGCUGCACUGACAAAGUUUGCAUCUGUUGGAAACCCAACCACAUUGUGUGAGAAGAAAGCUGACCAUGCCAUUUGUGGAAUUCAUAGCCGGAUGCAUAUCUGGGGCAGUGGGGCUGGCUUUUGGUCAUCCAAUGGACACAGUGAAGGUGCGUCUACAGACCCAGGCUAAAUUCAAGGGGAUUUUUGACUGUGUGGCUAGGACAUACACUCGUGAAGGGAUUCCUGGAUUCUUUAAGGGCAUGGCAUUUCCUGUCCUGAUUACAGGCAUCAGCAAUGCUGCAGUCUUUGGUUCCUACAGCAAUGCUUUGGACUACCUAACCCAGUCGCAACGAAGUGACCGUAGCCAAGGCCACCCUGCCUGUGCAUCAGCAGUCUUUGCAGCGGGUUGUUUCUCAGGACUAGUACAGGUGGCGUUAAUGGCCCCUGUUGACCUGGUGAAGGUACGCCUGCAGAGCCAGAUGGGCCGGCCUGGGAUCGGUGGUGACCAGUAUCGAGGUCCCGCUCACUGUGUGACCCUCAUCCUGAGGGAGGAUGGUCCAAGGGGGUUAUUUCGAGGAGGGUGGGCUCUUGCCUUAAGAGAUGUGCCCUGCUAUGGACUCUACUUUUUACCGUAUGAGAUCUCCUGCAGGAUUCUAACUGAAGAAGGCCAACAGCCAGGCACAUUUGCAGUUAUGAUGGCAGGUGGGGUGGCUGGUGUGGUGACUUGGGCCUGUGCCACUCCCAUGGAUGUGGUGAAGGCGCGGCUGCAGAUGUCUGGCGCUGGAGGUCGGGUCUACCAGGGGGUCCUUCACUGUAUGAGUAUGAGUCUGAAGGAGGAGGGGAUCAGGGUUUUCUUUAACGGGCUCCUACUGAACAGUCUGAGGGCCUUCCCCGUUAAUGCCAUCACGUUCCUUGCCUUCGAGAACCUGAUGAGGUUCCUCACUCGGCCAGCUGAAAUCUGACAGGAACUCUAAACCUCUCCUAGAUACACUCCGCUCAGACCAGAUGGUGGAAACAAUGCUGAUUUUAGAUUAGCAAACCGCCAUUGUCCGAAAUGCACUGCUUCUCUAAUUGCCCAAAAAUUUUACCAAUUGGCUCACAAUCUUUGUGGCAUUCAAUCUGCAGUAAGAACCUUAUCUCAUUGCAGUAACUCAAAGGACAUAAGGAGAGUCAAAUUGGGACAUGCAUCAUUCGAAACAAGACCCACCAAACAUUGCUACUUUGUAAUCACUCUGCUAGCUGAACCAGGAAUUCACACGAGUUGAUACACAGUGGAGGAAGCGCACGCCCACCAGUCCGCCUCACAAUCAGCAUCCAGUCGCCCGACCUGUUGCAGGACUCAAUGCAGUGUGAUGAGACUAAGUGCCAGAUCAAUGUGCACCGUCUUUCUGGGACUCCCAUCCAGUCUGCUAUGGGUAGAACCUAGGCUGUAAUGACGCUUCAGCAGUGCUAUAAUAAUUGGGAGGACAUAUACCUAUAUUGUGUACACCAAACCAAAAUUAAACCAGCUUUUGGGUUUGGUUGACUCUGGGAUCGUAGAGGGCAUUUAACAGCUCCGCGAUAGGGAACCAGAUUAAGGCUGUGAUAUCAAAUACUGUAACACUUUACCACCUCUAACCCGAAUCACACCAUCUGACUGACUGCAAUGAAAACUUGAACAUGGACAUAAUUUCUAAAUAAAUCUAAAUGGCAAUAUAUGCAAGUAAAGUUUUGAGUGAGGAACAGAAUGGUUAAAAUCAAGAGAUCACUGCAAAUGUAACACUUCUGUU